UAUCGAUAACUCUGUUGAUACCAUCGGAAUUUGCUGUUGCAGUUUUUAAAUAAAUAAUUUUUGAAAUGUCGCUGCAACCGGGUGAAUUACUUUGCCGAGUUUGCCUCCAGCAGGACGAACUCCUAGUGGACAUUUUCGAAACUGUGGAGGAGCUGCAAGUGGAUCUGUGCACCUUGCUGGAAACUUGUGGCAACAUUAAGGUCAACCAUACCGAUGCGUAUCCAAAGUAUCUGUGCCAGGAAUGCACCAACGAGCUGCUCAUCGCGGCCAAGUUUCGGAAGAAGUGCGCGGAGGCUGAGAAAAGGUUGCGGGAUGAGACUUCCAGGGUAAACAUGGACACCGCAGAACUUGUGGUGGCGGAGGAAAUCAUUAUUUUUGAUCCCAAUGACUACAAAGUGGAGUCGUCCUCCCCUAGAGAGGAUUGUGUAGAGGAACUUACUGAAGUUUUGAGCUCCAACUGCCGGCAUUGUGGAGCGGUUUUUCAGCUACCCGCAGCCCUACGUCGGCAUAUUGAACGAGUCCAUACCUCUGUCACCAUAUACGAUUGUGAGAAGUGCGGAGGAUUCUUUACAGAACUCCAUAGUUACCAGAGUCACAAGUGUCCCGCUUCCGGAUUCCAGAAGGGCGAACACAGUUGCUCGGAGUGUGGCAAGUGCCUGCAAUCCGCAUCCAGCCUUGCUGUCCACAUGCACCUGCACAGCAACGAGAGGCCUUUCACCUGCGACUUGUGUCCCAAGACCUUCAGGACAAAUGGAGCACUAGUAGCCCAUCAGAGGCGCCACCAACAGCUGUUGCAGUACAAGUGCCCACACUGCGGACGCGGUUUUGUGGAGUCUAGCAACCUGCGACGCCACAUAACCGCUCGUCACACCGAUGAACGUCCGCAUCCAUGCACCAUCUGUCAACGCAGCUUCUCCAGGGUCUAUCUGCUGCAGCUGCACCUCAGGACGCACACCGGCGAACGACCCUACGCCUGCGAUCAUUGCGACAAAAGGUUCGCCCAGCUGGGAGUCCUUAGGAGCCACGAAAGGAUCCACACCGGCGAACGGCUGCACCGCUGCCAAGUGUGCGAAAAGACCUUUACUCGGGCGGGGCAGCUCCGAAAGCACGAGAUGCGUCAUGAAACCGGAUCGUGAUAAGCUUAAGCGCCCGUAUUGGCCAAUGCACUUUGUAUCGCGGUCAAGGCAAGAGCUAUCAGCAGCCUUAUCAUAGGAUUUGAAAUCCUCUUUCAAUGCCAAGGUGAUGCUUUCAGCCCACUAUUGUUUGGGAACUCAAAUAGAAAAGAUGUACAAAAGUGGAGUGUUGUUGGGAAUAAUAUUAGUGGUGCUGUUCGCAGAAGGCAGCAUGUCAUCACUACGCCAAACUCGUGGAGUACACGUUAAAUUACCAAGUGCUGGCACGGCGGCAGUGUCCGGAGCAGUUCGCAGUUUAAAGGAGAAGAUUGAGCAGCAGACAGAGGUACUGAAUCGCCUGGCCAAUGCCACUGAGAAGCUAUCAGAAAGUUCGGGAUUCUUCCUGCGUAAUUGUGCCUUG